AUGUCAUUAGUGGAAACUGGUUGGCGGCAGUUUACAUUUUUUGAGAAGCACAAUGUCUAUGAUCCGAAUAAUCCCGAAUGCAAAUUUAACGGGUUAAAGAAUCUCAAGGCAUCUCUUUCUGUAUCUGGCGUUGGAUUCACAGUAUUCGGGGAACCGUGUGGUGCAAUCUUCAAAUUAUCGCGUAAUUUGGAGGAAUAUUGCUGGAUUGCCCAUAAACGCUCAUUGGCAGAUAUAGCUCUUGCUGGCUUUACUCUUGGUACAGUUGGAGAAGAUGAAGAUGGGAUUAACUCGUUAGUUAAAUUGUGGCAAUUAGAUCGAAUUGAGAAAGAUGCACCAUUUUGCAUACGCGUGAUACGUGUCUGUCCUCUGUUAGGCGUUGGACGUAGUACGCGGGCAUGUGCCAUUGCGUUACACUCAUCUUUACAACAUAUCGCUGUCGGCUUCGUUGAUUCUUCCGUAAUUUAUUCUACAAGUAAUAUCAAAGAAAAAUCAGGCAAAUGGCUUACUGUGGUUAAUGGUUCAAGUUCAGGACCAGGCGACGAAAUAACAGGUCUUUAUCUUACAUGGGUUGCCUCUCAGGAUUUCUGUAUUUUAUAUUGUUUAACGCCGACAUCUGUAUUGUCUUUUUCAAUUACCAACAAAACUGUUGCAAAUAAGGUUGUACACGAUGCGAAAGGUUGUCUUCAUGACUGCUGGAGUUUUAAUGAAACACGCAAUCAACUUAUUGUGGGUAGUACUGAGAUGGUACACUUCUAUGAAGCAGAACGGAGUUUGGCUGCUGAUCCUGAUAGUGGUAGGGGUCGUUGCCAUGCCCUUGGUCGAAGCAAUGAAAAGAUUCAAUUAAUUGCAUUUGAUCACCAUGUUGCAUUGCUUACACGACAGCCAACUGCUAUACCGUCAUCAAAUGAAAUGUGGACAUAUGUUGUCUCAAUAUACGACACUGAAGGACAAUGUGUUGCAUUUUCGUGUGCCCUUCCAGCUGUUUCAAGGAUGUUUUUAAUGGAUAAUGUGUUAAUGGUUCUUAGUCAAGACGGAACACUUUCAGUUCUUACAGAGAAAAAUAUCAGCUCGAAAUUGGAUAUUUUAUUCAAAAAAAAUUUGUAUGAUCUCGCGGUUGGGGUUGCUAAGAGAAGUUCAGUUGCUUCGGAACAUCUCCCUGAAAUUUAUAAGAAAUAUGGUGAUUAUCUGUGCAGAAGUGGGGAUUUUGAAAACGCAGUGCAACAGUAUACGGAAACUGUCGGAUACCUAGAGCCAUCAUAUGUUAUUAGAAAGUUUCUGGAUGGUUCUCAUAGAAAAGAAUUGUGCAUGUAUUUAGAAGUGCUUCACGCUAAAGGUAAGGCGAAUAGUCAUCAUACGACCAUAUUAUUGAACUGUUAUAUCCGUUUGGCAGCACAUGAUAAAAUUCGUGAUUUUAUUGACCGUGAUUUUGAGUGCAAUAUUGAAACAGCUGUUCAGGUACUUCGUGCGGCAAAUUUUACUACGGAAGCAUGUCAUCUCUGUGCGAAACAUAAACAGCAUGAUGCGCUAUUAAGCAUCUUAAUCGAAGAUCGAGGCGAUUAUAAAUCUGCACUUAAAUAUAUUUCCAAAUUGGAAAUUCCUCUGGUUGAAGCAUGUUUGGAAAAAUUCGGAAAAUGCUUACUGGUAAACAACCCUGAGGAGACGAUGAAGCUAUUAUCGGAUAAAGCUUGUUUCAGCCAAAUCAACGCUCCUGCCUUGAUGAAAGUAUUCAUUGGAUUACCUUCGCAAUGUAGCAGAUUUAUAGAAACAGCACUGAAGGACAAGAAAAAUAAUGAAAAAUUGCGUAAUUUAUUGUUGGAACUUCGUCUUCGUCAGUGGGCACUGCGUAACGAGGUUUUUUUUAUUCGAAAUCUAAUUCCUAUGUUUCAUGAUGUGCCUAAUCAUGAUGAGAACAUUAUGGAAUUGAUCGGAGACGAAAAUUUGGAGGAGUCCUUGAAGUUGUGUCAAUUAUUCAAUUAUAUCCCAGGAAUUAUUUAUAUAUAUAAGAAGAUGAAAAGAAACGAUAAACUUAUCGAAUACUAUAUGCGACAAAACAAGCUCAGAGAAAUUGUUAAACUUUGCGAGGAAGAAAAUAGUCGUAACCUAUGGAUCGACGCGGUGGUAUUUGCUUCACGUGGGAAGAAUAUAGAUUCCGGCGCAGUAAAGUUUUUACUUGAACGAAUCGAAGCAACGAAUAGUAUCCAUCCACUUGUGGUUCUCGAAAUUCUUUCCAAAAGUGAUGAAAUUUGUGUUGGCCACGUGAAAGAUUAUAUUAUCAAUUGGAUGGAACGGCAAAAUGCUCAGGUCGAGAAAGACGAAAGAACAAUUGUUGAAAACGAAGCGAAAAUGGCCGAAAUUGAGGAGCAAAUUGACAAUAUUACUUACAAGGUGCAAAUUUUUCAAAUGAACAAGUGUUCUGCAUGUGACACCUCUCUUCAACUACCUGCUAUACAUUUCUUAUGCAAACAUUCCUACCAUGCUCACUGUUUAGAAUCUUAUAGUGAAAAGGCUGACUACUGUCCAGCUUGUAUACGAGACAAGUUUAACGAAAGGAUACAAAGUGAUAAACGGCAAGAUUUCUCCACGCAUAGCGCUUAUAUUCAAUUUCAAAAUGAGGUAAACGAAUCAGUCGAUUGUAUGAACCUCAUUUCUUCAUAUAUUGGCAACGGACUUUUCGAUCCGUGGUCGAAAGAAAAAGGGUCCAAGAAUGAAAACGAUUUAGCUAGUCCUCAAUCGGAUACUACUAAUGUGUCGAACAGAAUGAAUCUGAAUCAGGUCGAGGGUCAAUCAUUCAGAAAAACAAAUUUGAUGAACACAUCGGCACGUGAUCCUUUUCUUACUCCAAAAACGAUGGAUUCACAUACGGUAAAAUCUGUGCGAUCCACUAAUCCUUUUGAUAUUGUUGACGAUACAAAGAACCCCUUUGAAGAUUUGUAA